CCGGGUUCGCCAAGUUAUGGCUGACUUGCAAGCGAAAUAUCAAAUAUUAGCCGCUGAAUAUUCAAAGUUAAAAGCUCAAAUACCUGUGUUGAAGAAAGCUUAUCUUGAUGAACAAAUUGAAACAGAAAAGUUAAAGGACCUGAUCAAGGAAAGAGACCAAUCUGUGAGAAAAUAUGAACAGGAAGUGGAUAGCUUGUCAUUUCGGAACCAGCAGCUGACAAAACGUGUCCUUUUUCUCCAAGAUGAAUUAGAGCACACUGAAAGUAGUAAAAAGAAAAACAAACACAAAGACAAUGAAGUGUCAAGGCAUGAUGAUGCCUCACAAGCUAACAGUGUUCUUAGCGAGGAGCUACACAGCAAAAUUGAAGAAAAUGCUUUGUUACAUAAAAAGGUGCAUGAAGCCACCAGCCAAUACGAAGGAAGGAUCAGUGAUCUGGAACACAGACUCAAGACGUCAGAGACCGACCACAGUCAGCAUGAAGAAGUGUUGAAUGCCACUCGACAGAAGAGCAAGGCUCAGAUUGAUAAGUUGCAGGAGGAGAAAGCUAUGCUUGAGGUAAAACUUCAAACCUAUGAUACUGAAUUGAAAGAUUUUAGAGUGCGGGCAGAGUUGGCAGAAGAAAAACUUGAAACACUUCAAAAGAAUCUACAGAGCAAACUGGAUUGUGCCAAUAAAAUAAUAGCUGAUAAACUUCCAUUCAUAGACACAAAGAAUCGAGACCUUAACAGAUUGAAUAUACCCACCCAUGAUCGCAAGCAUCAGAUGCGUGCGAGAGAGUUGGUGAACCAGUCGUCAAACUUGGUGGGUGAGCUUGUCCAGGGUUUGUCAAACUUCUACACAUACAGCGAGCAGAGGUCGAAGAUAUACCCAGCUGACGGCGUCUCGGAGCCACACAGUGCCAUCAACACAAAGUAUUGUAAAUAUCUCCAUGAAAACAUGGCACACCUCCGGCCUGUAGAACAGUCAAUUCGUCUCUUCAGUGAAAGUUUGAAAGAAGAUUCACUCACAACUUUGGAAACAGCUACUGAUCUUCAGUUGUUUUCUAAGAACUUUCAAAACUUAGUGGCUUACAUGAACAGAUUGUUGCCAUACCAGUUAUCCAGUAUUGAAGAGGAAUGUGCAGUGUCUUCAUGUACUUCAACACUAGCUGCCAAAAAUAUGGAAUUGUUCAAAUCCCUCAAGAGAUUAACAUCUGUGUUCAACAAACUGGAGACAUACGUCACUGUCUUGGGUGCCCAAAGUAAAACUGGCAUGAUACCACAUCCCCAGUCGAGUCACGUCAAGUUCUUCAGUCAGCUCAUUAAAGUUCUUAAUGACCUUCAUGAUGCUGUCAAAGAUGUUUCUAAGCAUUAUAAUUCCAAAGUAUCAUUAGAACAUCAGUUGCCUACAGCAACCCAGAAGUUAAAAACCACUGACGAGUGUGUUGUAGCAUCAUUAGUUUCUCUUGUCACCAAUACAGGCAAGUUUUCAGCCUUCAUGUCGGGCAACAUGGACUUCUUCAGCCAGUCCGCAGGAUAUCGGACACGAGGAAGCAGCGUGGGCACGGAUCUGGUGGAUGGAGGCCCUCGCUCUCACCCGGCCGUUGUUGGCUUCAAAGUCAGGUCAUCCAAAUACCUAGCUUCGCUGGAAAGGCCAUGUCCAGAAUCCGUUCCACACAAAGUUGCUGUCCAAAACAGAAAGACUCUUCUAAGUUCUACAGAGAACAAACAAGGCUUGACACAUCAGAUUUCUGUAUUUCAACAACGUGUCAAUAAACUUGAUCAGGAAAAAGAACACUGGAUGUUGGAACUUCAGUUACUUAAAAUCAAGUAUGAAAAUGAACUUACGAAAACGAAGCAACAGAAACUGGAAAUUGAGAGGUUACAGAAGGCUGAAUGUCGCGAGGAUUCCAUCGAGGACAAUAUGGACACGACGCCAUCAGUGGUGACCUCAGCAGCAUCUACACCAUCAGUUAGUUCAACACAGUCAGUCCAAACCACAAUGCUCGGUAGUGUGACCUGCCAGUCAGAAAGCAGCGACAUAGACAGCCGAGAAGAGCUGAUUAAAAACCACUACACAUCUCGAAUCAGUGAACUCUCUCUCCAACUUCAGGCUCUCGACAGCAAAUGUGUCAACUUUCACGCCGAGGUGCGAGCUUUACACAAACAACUACAGUUAGCACAGAAGUCUAAAUGUGCAGCCAUUGAAGAACUAAAAACAUCCAACCAGUCUCUAGCUCAAUUAAAGGAUGAACUUCAGACAACGAGUCGCAGUUAUGAUGGUCAGCUGAGUAUGAUGAGUGAUCAUCUAGCCGGGAUGAACGAGAAACUCACUCAACAAAAAGAUGAAAUAGAUGACUUAAAGAUGCAGUUACAGAGUGCUUCAUCAAAGAGUCACAAGAAAAACAAGAAAUAAAACUGAAAACGAGAUCAGGAUAACUAACAUAUUCCUGUAUAGAGGCAGCGGUUGCCAAAAACAAAGACCUGUAUAACCUGCCUUAUGAGAAGUGGACAAUUAGUGUUGUGUUUCUGCUGGACAUAGCUCAGCUGGUUUAUAGUUUUCUGUGUUAGGAUAUUAACUAUGGGCUUUGAGCCCGGCUUUUGUCCUCAUUCAGACAGAUAAAAAUCAUCUUCAGAAUUAUUUAGGUUCGGUUCAGUUAUAGUCAUCUAUACAAGCCAGUGUAUCUAAAGGUUAAACAUUAUAUGCACUCUGGCAAGCCACUUCAAUCAGGUUACAUUUCAACACAGCGAGUAUCUUAAAUUUAUGUUAAAAGGGACAUUGCUGAGUUUGCAGCCAUUGUAGCAUAUCUCCAGCUAACAACUUUUUAAUGACUAAAAUAGUAUAUUAAAUACAUUUUCUGGUUUAGAAUAUCAAUGUCUAUAU